CCAUGCGAUGGAUCGGCGCUCACUCUUCGGUAUACCGUUCACGAGUGCGGACGUCGCCAUCAUGUCUGAAUUAGUAUUCGCAGCAGCAGCAGGUCUGCAGAACUUUUAUAAAAGUUAGAUUUUUCAAUAAGACAUUUAUAGCAUACAAGUGGAAAUUUGUGAUUGAACAUACUCACUCGCUUAUAUAUAUAAAAUUCGCAAAUUUCUCGCAAGCAAGUUUAAAAAUUUAACUCUUUAAUAAGAAGACAUGAAAAUUAAUAGACAUAAGAAUGGAAGAAACGGUGGCACUGAUUAAGUCGUGCAUAAUUUCGAAGAAAGGCGGCGUACCAGUUGCAGAUCUAAAUUAUGAAUUUCAAGCUCUCGUCGGAGAAUCUAUUCCGUAUCGUAGAUUGGGAUUUUCGAGUCUCCGUGCAUUUUUGCAGACCAUCGAUGGUUUGGAGACAACUUGGAACAAUUAUGGAGAUCCGAUAUUAAAGAUAAAUGAUUCUAAGAUCUCUCAUAUUGGUAGACUUAUACACAAGCAAAAAGUAGAUUAUUCAAAGACGAGAAACAAAUAUUACAAACAAUUUAUGCAUAAUGAUGGCACAAAUCUUAGAUACAGUAACGAUGAGCGCAGAGAAAAGAACAGAUUAAUUAAUAAUAACAAUCGCGCCAACAGACGAAACCAAGCUUUCGCUCAUCGUCGUGAUCCAAAUCUAUUUGGAACCAAUGGCGCUUAUAAAAAUAGAGACUUUUUAUAUGGAGUAGAAGAAAAUCAUUAUCCGGUAGUGAUAGAAACGAAUGAAGUGAAAAAGCAUGACAGCAUAUACGAACCUAUCGCAAACGAUCGACAGUUAAUUGGCGACGACUUUUUCCUACAACUUGCAAUACGAAAUCUUCAUCUUCCCAUUUGGAGAUACAAGGAUAGCUUAGCAUUGAACUGCGGUUUGUGUACCUCCGGACAGACCAUUAGCGGUUGUACUCGGGCUUUGAGGAAUAUUAGUACUAUCUCCAAUCGUGUCGUGAUCCUGCUUGGCUCGGUUGAUGUUUACAACAACGCCACUUGCGAGGAAAUGAUAUACGAUAUGACGGAACUCUUGCAAGUUCUCCGGUCUAAAUUUCAUCUUUCAAACGAGGCCAUUACUAUCUGCACUCUUCCACCUAUGGCCAAUCUCAGCAUCUACGCUCAUAAGGAACAAAGCAUGGCGUUUCUUUCCUUCAACAAUUGGAUAAGAUCUCUGGCGGAUGAUCCGUCUAAAAGAGAUUCCUCUUUUAUCAAAUUUCCUGUAAUAGAUUUAUAUGAAAAGUUCUGCUUUGACGACACGUACGUCACAAACUACGACUGGUUUCAAACCCAAGCCCGUAGAGUGUCCGGCACUAAACAUUCUUAUGUGCUAUGGAACAUGAUAGGACGAAAGCGAGCUAUGAGCCUCAUCUGCGAAGAGAAAGACGCGGAUCAAUCCGGAAGUCCCAGCUCAAUGUCGAUGCAAUGAGUUAACUGGGAUCUUCCGUUAUAUACAUAUACAUUGAUAAACCGCUGUAUAAGGAAAGAAGCAGAACGGUACACCAUGGAAAGCCUUAUUCGUCGUUUUACGGCGGAGAACGCUUUAUUGAGGAUUCUUCUUAGGUUUACCCUCCCGCUUCCUUCGUAGACGUGUUUAAAUACCGCAAACAAGUCCAGAUUACGCUUAUUAUAUCAGUCUAUUCUAUUUACGAAGAAAAAAAAGUUGUAUAACGUUGUAUAAAGUUCUACGCUGUUCGAAUCAAUCGCUUCAUUUGCGUGUAAUCGAACAGCCGUUUUGCGCGAGAGAUUAGUUCAACGAACAAUAACCGGAUAUAUGGCCCUAUACCUUUAUUACAAAGAUAACUAAGAAGCAGGGCAAAGUAAUACAUAUGUAUUUGUAUACACAAUGUGUACAAAUGUAGUUUAAAUAUCUUUGUUUUCAAAUCGACUAGCCAAUCGUCGAAUUUAAUUUUGUUUGUUUGUGUCUCAAGGAAAUGGCCGUUAACGCAGACUUUUACGAAGUAAAUUAAUAAUAUCAGAUAUUUUCGAAUUCGAAGCGGAGUAACUUAACAUCAGAGUAAAAGGGGAGAAUGUAUGAAGAUAUAAAGAUAAAUGCAAUAAUAGUAAUUUAUUUUUAAAUAAUAAUACAAUUAUUGAAAAUUUUGACAUGUUUGGCGAGGGACAGCGAAAAAAAUUAUCUCGAAAGCGGGACGUCUGAUCACAUUAAAUAUUAAGAUCUUCUAUUUGUGACUUAAACUUUAUCCGCUUCACGGUAACGAACAGCAAAUGAUUAAACGACACUUCAAUCAUAAGCUCGUGUUUAAAUAUUACAAAAGUAUAGUGCAUUUUUAUAAUUAAAUGCGGGUAAUUUAAAAAUGACACACAUACUUUUCUUAAUUUUUCGUCAUAAACGGAAUACGAGCGAACUUUAAUCGCGUUCCUUGCCACGUGUUCAAGAUUAACAUUUCUGCGAUUACAUAAUUCCCAUGUAGAUUUGAUUAAUUACAAAUAUUCGAAAAUUCUAAUCUAAAAAUUUUUAUAAAUUUAAGUUAAAAUAGCAACCAAAUAUCAAUGUAAGAAAUUCAUAAAUUUUUCGGUUUCUAAGAUUAACAUUUCUGCGAU